AGAAAUACAUGCUGCUUAUUUUUUUUGUAAAUGCUUCUUAAUGUUUCCUGUGCUAAUGAUUUUUUUUUUUAAAAAAAUUAUGUCAUUUGAUAUUUUUGUUUGAAUCUAGAUGGGCCUAGAUGCCUGAAUAUUCUGUUUCCCUUGAGUUCUUAAUUUUGGAAAUGAGAUCAUAUUUAUAUUUCCUUGUUAUGACUAGAAAAUCUCUUUUCUUUCCAUAUUUGUAUGUUUAUUUGCAUGUGGCUUUGAAAAAUCAAAAAAGAAAGUUUAAUUCUACAUGAAAACUGUGUUUAAAAACUCAAAAUGUGUUAAUUUGGAAAUUAGGAUAUGUUCAGUUAUAUUGUACUAUGUAGGGUCUAAUUUAAUUCAUACUAGGGGUCAUCUCAGUUGUCAUCCAGUAACUAAUUUUAUCAAUAUGUGUUUAAUUCCAUUUUGUCUUGGUAGUAUGGAAGGAGGCUGAUUACCCCUGUAUAUAGUAAUGGCACUGUACCUCUUACAUAUUAGGUACUUAAGAAAUCUUGUAUUAUUAUUAAAUCAAGAUUAUUUCUUUUAAAAUACACUUAGUGUAUUCAGUAAACACAUUAAAAUUUUUCAAUGUUGUGAAGAUAAAUUGGGACAUUAUUAUUUCCUGUGUUUAUGGAGCUUACAUUGCACACAUAUUUAUGACACUUUCCCCUGAUCUACAGAGUUGAUGAGAAAUUUCUUCCUGCUUUUUAUAAGCAAAAUGAAUUGCCCUUUGAUAAAAAAAUUUUUAAAGACUGGUUUUCCACAAACUGUUGACUUAAUUACAUGAAUACAGAUAUUUUUGUUCAUAAACAAUUGCUAUCAUUACAUCUUCUCUUAGAUUAUGUGAGGGAAGGAUGAUGUCAUCCACAAAUAUAUAGUUUGUGUUUCCAAAACUAACAAUUUCAGGAUAUUUUACUUUGAUCUCUCUCUCUGUCUCUCCUCUUACCCCAACUUUUUUUUCUCUGAAGGAAAGACCUAUGAAGAUAUUAGCGACAUUAGCUUUUACUAAUGUUCAUUUCUAAAUGAAGUAUUAGAAUUGACUGUAAAAAUACCUGAACAUUAUUUGGACAGAAAAUAUUAUAGAUUUUAGGCAUAGGAAAUAUGUAGAUAAAAAAGUCCACAUUUUUUUUUAUAAUCAACAUGUUAUAUUUUAUGUUGUUGAAUUUGUAGAAAUUGAUUUUCAGCAUUCUAGAACAAAGUGUUUAUGUCCUGCCUCUAUAAUUUAAGUGGAAUAACAAAGAAAUGAAGUCAGUUUACUGGUUUAUUAACCCAAAAGAGUUAAUAAUAGAUUUGCAAUGUAAUAUUCAGUAGUCUUUUUACUAUUUGCAGGCCAUUUGUCAUCUUGAAUAUUUAUAGAUUAUUUUUUGUCACAAGAGAUGUGGCCUCUCACAUAUUUUUCCUUCUCAUUUAUCUACAUGUUCUGAACAAAAUGACAGUAGUUUAAUUCUAAAAUGCAUUUCCAGGAAAGCCAAAAAAGUUUUCUGAAAAGUGGGUGAAAAACAAAGUCUGAUAUACUGCCAAGAUGAAAAGAUACUGAAUUGUUAUUUAUAUGAUCAAAAGAAUUUAUAGAUAUAGAACACAGUGCAAAUAUCCUGAUCUGUGUUUAUUGCAUAAAAAAGAUGUUGAUGAAAUAUUUGAAAAUGUAAAAGUACAUUAGUGCCAAUAGAUUAUGUAUAAUAGUACUUUAUUUUUGUAAAAUCAAAACCAAAAAAGUACCUGGAUCAGUCUAAAAGGUUAAAUAAUGCUUAUCACUAUUCUUUUAGCUUAUUUUCAGAUUCUUAUUUUUUCACAGUGGAAUAUGCUUUACUUUUGAAAUAAGAAAAACUAUUAAAUACAUACUGACAAAAAGAGAAUGAAGUCCAAUUAAGUUAGCUUUACAAUUCUUUAAGAUUUUAAGUUGUUGUUUUGAAUGUUUAUAACAUUGCAUGCAGUAGUACUAUGAUUUUCUUUUAGUAGUACUGAUUUUCUUUCUUUCUUGUACUUCUCUACAUUUAGGGCUAAACAAAAAUGUUCCACUGAACUUGUUCAUGCUUUUUUUUUGUACAGGGUUGGAACUCAGGGGCACUUAACCACUGAGCCACAUCCCUAGCUCAUUUUAUUUUUUAUUUUGAGACAGAGUUCUGCUAAAUUGCUUAGGGCCUUGCUAAGUUGCUGAGGCUGGUUUUGAACUUACUUUCUUUUCUUUUUUGUUUUUUUGGUACCCAGGAUUGAACUCAGGCCACUAGAUCACUGAGCUAUAUCCCCAGCCCUUAUUUAGAGACAUGGUCUCACUGAGUUCCUUAGUGCCUCACUUUUGUGGAGAUUGGCUUUGAAAUUGCAAUCCUCCUGAGCCUCUGUGAUUAUAGGGAUAUGCCACUGUAUCUGGAGAUAUGCUUUUAGGAAGUGAAUGAGAGAAAGAAUACAAAUGAGAUCAAACCAGUCUUUUCUUUCCCUAUUUUUGUUUUUUCUUUUAAUGAAGAGGAGAGUAGGUAAAAGAUUUCUUUCCUCUGCCUACUUAGUUUUCCUUACUCAUUUUCUGUUAUUGAUCACUUCCUGCUAUUAAUUCCUUUUCAUCUGACAAGAAGUUGAUUUUCUGCCCUGUAUUUUCAUUUGGAAAAGGUAGAUGGUCUGAGUUGAAGAGUCCAUUUAGAUGGAGAGUAGAUCAUGCUUGAUUUCCAGUGACUGAAUUUCUCUGGUCUUGUCUCAUUCUUGUUCUCUCACACACAUUGUCCCUUGUGUCCCACUGUGGGAAUGCUUAAUUUGGAAGUGAGAGGCAGGAAAAGUAAGUUAACAGUUUUUGGGGUUAGCCAAAAGUUCAUGGUUUUGGGGGUAGUCAUGAAUAACAAAAAUACCAAUGUAGGAAACGAGAUUAAGGUAAAACAUUUUCUGUUACAGCUAUUUGCAGGCAGAGCAUUUCAAGGGUAACUACAACAUUUCUUGUCCACCAGGCCAUAUUUGAUCUCUGACAUGUGUGUGUAUAGGCAAUAAGUAUUUUUUUUUUUUUUGAGAGAGAGAGAGAGAGAGAAAGAGAAAGAAUUUAAAAAAUAUUUUUAUUUUUUAGUUUUCGGUGGACACAUCUUUAUUUUUAUGUGGUGCUGAGGAUUGAACCCAGUGCCCUGCGCAUGCCAGGCGAGUGUGCUACCGCUUGAGCCAUAUCCCCAGCCCAAUAAGUAUUUUUUUUUAAGCACUUGACUCCAGUUACUGAGGAAAGUUUUGGAUUUAUCCUUGCCUGUUUCAGAUAAAGUGAGAAACUAUGGGUUUUUAACAAAUAUAUAAUGACAUUUGAGUAAUUUCAUUGCUCUAAAAAUCUCCUAUGAUCAAAGUAUUCAUCCCUUUUUCUUUCUUCCCAAACCCCUGGUAACCUUAUUUUACUAUUUGCACAGUUUUAAUCCUUGCAGAAUGUCAUAUAAUUGGAAUGAUACAAUAUGUAAUAUGUAGUCUUUUCUGGCUUCAUCCACUGAACAUUGUACAUGUAAGGCUCCUCCAUAUCUUAUUUGUGGCCUUGAUGGCUCAUUUUCUUUCUACUGCUAAAUAAUAUUCCAUUGUAUGGAUAUACAACAAUUUUUUGUUUUUUAAUUUUUUUAAUCCAUUCACCUCUGUAGUGACAUCUCUGUUGCUUCCAACUUUUGACAAUUACACAUAAAGCUGCUAAACAUUCAUGUGCAUGUUUUUGUGUGGAUAUAAGUUUUCAACUCAUUUGGAUAAAUAAAAAUUUCAAUUGCUAGGUCAUCUGGUAGAAGUAAGUUGAGUUCUGUAAGAAAUUGCCAGACUGUUUUCUAAAGUGACUGUACCAUGUUUCAGUACCACUAGCAAGAAAUGAGUUCCUGUUGUUCCAUAUCUUCACCAGCAUUGAUAUAAUUUAGGUUUUUGAAUUUUAGCUGUUUUAACAGUUGUAUAGUGGUAUCUCAUUUUUGUUUUAAUUUGCAUUUCCCUGUUGACAUGUGAUAUGGAAUAUUUUUUCAUAAUGAUACUUGCUAUGUGCAUAUCUUUUUUAGUGAUAUGGACUUUUUUCUUAAAACCAAAAGGUAAUCCCGUUUUUAUAAAAAAAAUAGUAAAUAGUAAAUUAUAUUCUCUGUAGAAAAUAUAGCAAAAAGAAUACAUUAAAAUAUACACAAUACAAUUGCAAAAGUGACCAGUAAAAAAAAUAAUACAUUAAAAAUUCCUAUAUAAUGCCACCAUUCAGAGGAAUAAUCACUUGUAACAUUUUGUCUGUUCUCCUCUCCCCCCAUGUAUGUUGUGUGUGUGUUGUGUGUAUAGCAAUAGUGAACUCAUAAUAUUUUUUAUCUUUCAUGUUUACUUAUCCAUGUAUAGUUUUCCUAUGCGUUCUUUUAGAAUAAGGAUUCUUAACUCUGCUGAAUGUUAGGAUCAUUUGGGGGAGCUUUUAAAGCUUGUGAUGCCCAAACGGCACUCUAGGACAGUGAAGUCAGAAUCCAAGAGUGGGUAGGCUUCAGAUGUCCCUCAAGACAAGGUCACUGUCCAUGAAGGACAUAGUUUAAGGCAGUUUCUCAUCUCAGCCCUGUUGACCUUUUGGAAGAUAAUUUCUGUGUGUGUAUGGGGUGGGAGCUGUCCUGUGAAUUGUAGAAUAUUCAGUGGCAUCUUUGGCCCCUACUCACCAGAUCCAGUAUUACUCCUACUCUAGUUGUCAUAAAAAUGUCUUCAGACUUUGACAAGUGCCCUGGGGAGGGACAUUUCUGCUCCACACUGGUCUAGCAUAGUGAUCUGCAAAUUUCAUUUUUUUGGGUUAUAUUUAGACACACAUUUGUAUGUAUAUUGUAUAUGGCAGAUAUAAUAAUGGAGUUGAAUAGCUAAAACAGAAUCUAUAUGGUCCUCCAAGUAGAAAACAUGAACUACCUAGCUAUUAUAAAAAAGGUUUGCUUACCCCGAAUCUGCACGGAAAAGUGACUGGUAAAUAGUUCAAUCCAGUGGGAUAUGUGUUCUGGAAGACUCAGUUAUAGAUAUGUGUUAUAGCUGUGAGGAGAGAGGGAACAACUAAUUAAUGCCCUGAAAAAAUUGAGACUUCUCUAAGAUGACAAAAAAUAGAUCUUGAAGAUCUGAGUAGGGAAAACAGGGAAGUUCCUGAAGGCAGAGGGCAUGGAGUGUGCAGAGGCAAUGGCAUGUUCAGGAGAUGGAGUAAAGAAUCCUUGUCCACUGCACGUAACUGAAGUGGUACUGGCAGGGAACUUCAGGACACAGGUCUGCAGUGAUAGAUUGGGACCAAAUUAUAAAUGAGGCCAAAUUUUGUGUUACAGGGUUUAGACUUACGUGUGUACAAAUGGGAAGCCAGUACAUUUUUAGAAAGGAGACCAAUUAAAAUUACCAAUUUGUGGUUUGAAAGAUUUUUCCAGAUGGUACUCUUAAGUUGCUUUUUUCUCCAGUUUCCCCAACUUCCUAUUGGAACCUGCCUUGCCAACUGCAAAUUGUGUUUACCAUUAUUAUGCUGCUUCUACACACUUCUUGGUUAUGAGCUCCUAGAGUGUAAUUCUCCCUACCUACUUACCAUAUACUAAAUGCUCAGUGAAUGCUUGUUGAAUUGAUGUGAACUUUACUCCCCAGAUCCUAAAGCCUAUUUUAUCCUCCACCCAGUGUUGUGCUGGUAAAUAUUUUAACCACCAGUUCUCCUAGGGUGUGGAAGGGGCAAUACCCCGGUUUGUAAUGUUUGCUAAUUUCCUGUGGUAUAAAAACACCCACCAUGGGCUAUUAACAGCCAGCUUGCAAUAUUCUGAACAUUUAAAAAAUUGGCUCUUGUAAGCUAGUACAAGCCAGCUCCUAGCACAUCACUGCAAAGAAUUUUGAAGAGAUAAGUACAAUGAGAUAACCAGAUCUCUCAUGUGUUUAGGUUGACAUGUAAAGUGUUUCAUUUUAAGUUUAAAUUCUGUAGUUACAGAAGAUGAUAUUUUGGUAUAUUUGUAAGUAUUGACACUUCAAAGUAAAAUUCUUACAUCACUCAUUUAAAUUAGAAAUAGAAGUAAAUUUCCCUAAUCUGAUAGAGUAUCUACAAAAGGCCUAACAAGCAUAAUUUUAUGUUGGAAGAUGUUGAAAAUAACUCCUUUAACAUAAAAAAUUAGAAAAGUAUGCCUCUUAGAACCACUUCUAUUUAAGGUUGUAUUGAUGAUGCUAGCCAGUGCAAUAAGACAAUUAAGCAGAUUAGAAGCAUAAGAAUUGUAGGGAGGAAAUGAAUUGUACUCAAUUAGAGAUGAUAUAAUUGUUAAUGUAGAGAAAAUCAAAAUUUACAGAUAAGUUAUUAGACAGGAAGAUGUUAAUAUAAUUACACACAAAACUAAUAUACAGAAGUCAUUUGCAUAUUUGCAUACCAGUAGUGAGGAGUGGGUUAAAAAGACUGUGUUUCCAAUUGUAUCAUAAAAAAUAAAACAGAAAUAAAUGUAAUGAAAGAUAUUUAAGAAUUUUAAGGGGAAACAACAAAACUUUAAAAAGAGAAAAAUUGAGAAAUAUACUAUGUUUUUGGACAAAAAGACUUUGAAUCUUAAAAAUAAUCUCUCUCUGUUUGACAUACAGACCAAUUAAAUUCAAAUCACAGUUUUCAACAAGGUUGGUAAAGCUUGGAAAUUAUUAGGGGAUUCUAAAUUUUAUUGGAAGGGAUGUAAAGGUCAAAGGCCUAGAAUAAUUAGGUCACUUCUGAAUAAUAUGAAAGGGAGAAUUUUUCUCUAUCAGUUAUCAGAACUAAUUAAGUUAUGGUCAAAUUAACAAUGGGAUGUAAUGUGUUUAGUGUUCCAAAAUGCAAAUGUAAUAUAUUUUCUUAUUUAUCUCAUCCUUUAAGAUUACCAUUUUGAAUGAACUUAAAUAUGCAUAAUAUUACUAUAUAUAUAUCUUUUAUAAGUAAGCAUAUAUAGAAUCAGAAUUUAACUGUAUUUUAAAAUAAUUUCAGACCUAGCAAAAUGUUGCAAGAGUAGCUUAGACAAUUCCCAUAUAACCCAGAUUUCCCAAAUAUUAACAUUUUGCUACAUUUUCUUUCUCAUUCUGUAUUAAUAUUAUUUUGUUGUUAUUUUCUGAACAAUUAUAGAGUAAAUUGAAGUAUUUACUCCUAAGUACUAAAAUCCAGGAUGUUCUAUUAUGUAACUACAACUGCAUGGACAUAGUUAGGAAACUAACAUUGAUAAUCUAUAGAAUGUAUUCACAAAUCACCCAUUCUCCCCAUGUCCCAUAUUUUCCCUCUCCCCUUUUUGGUCCACAGUGUAAUUUGAGAUCUAUCCUGAUUCUCUGUUAUCCUUUAAUCUGUGAUACUUCCUUAGUUUGUUUAAUUUGGCAUUUUAAAGGGUAGAACUCGGUUAACGUUUAUCAGAGUAUGUGGUCAAAUAUUUUUACCAAUGCAACAUGAUAGAACAAUGAGAAAAGAAUUAGAGAAACAAGAAAAAGCUAUUGAUUGCUUUAGUUCCAGAAACUAAAAAUUAAUAGUGGUGAAACAGUGUGUUCAAAGUGAUUGCUUUAGUUCCAGAAACUAAAAAUUAAUAGUGGUGAAACAGUGUGUUCAAAGUGAUUGCUGUGUGAUUUUUGUUUACAAAACCAUUACUAUAUCAUAGAGCCAGGAGGUGAUACAGCUGAAAUAAUGGAGAUAUGAAUUUUAGACCUUCCUUUCUUUACUGAUCGGAUAUGAGGAUAGAGUUGAUUGAGGGAAGAUGUCCUGAAUAUCCCCUUUCUUGAAUGGAAAGAAAAUACUGGGAGAGAGCAAAGCUAGCAGAAGUUCAUCUUUUAGGAUUGGGAGGGUAACUCAAUGGUAGAACACUUGCUUAGCAAGCAGGCCCUCAGUUUGAUCCCCAGCACCACCAAAACAUAAAUAAAUAAAAGAGAAAGUUACCUUUCAAAAUAUUUUGAAAUGCUUUAAAAAAUAUUUUCUAGCAUAGAAGAAGUAAUUUCCCAGGAGACAGAAACAUGAUGGGAAAAUAGUGUUAUUUAACACCUAUUACAUGUUCAGAACUGCCCUAGGAAUGGGGCAAGGAUAGAAUUGGGGAAAUUGACUGGAGUGAGAUGACAUCUUAGGUAGUUUUGAUUUGCAUUUCUCUAAAUUGCUGGGGAUGUUGAAUAUUUGUUCAUAUUUUUGUUGACCGUUCAUAUUUCUUUUUCUGUGAAGUGUCUGUUCAGUUCCUUAGCCCAUUUAUUAUUGGGCUGUUUGUUUUUUUAAUGUUAAGGUUUUUGAGUUCUUUAUAUAUCUUGGAAAUUAAUGCUCUCUCUGAGGUGUGGGUGGCAUUUCUCCCAUUCUGUAGGUCCUCUCUUCAUGUUCUUGUGUCCUUUGCUAUAGAGAAGCUUUUUAGUUUGAUACCAUGUCCUCCUCCCCUUUGGUACUGGGAAUUAAUCCCAGGAGUGCUUAACCAAUGAGUGACAUCCUCAGCCCUUUUUUUGUAUUUUAUUUAGAGACAGGGUCUCACUGAGUUGCUUAGGGCUUUGCUAAAUUGCUGAGGUUGACUUUGAACGCAUAAUCCUCCUGUCUUAGUCUCCCAAGCCGCUGGGAUUACAGGCAUUCACCACCACUCCUGGCUCUAUUUAUUGAUUUUUUAAAAUUUUGCUUCUUCUGCUUUAGGAGUCUUGUUGAGGAAUUUGGUUCCUAAGCUGACAUGAUGGAGAUUUGGGCCUACUUUUUCUUCUAGUAGGCACAGGGUCUCUGGUCUAAUAUUUAGGUUCUUAAUCUACUUUGAGUUGAGUUUUGUUCAGAGUGAGAGACAGGGGUCUAAUUUCAUUUUGCUACAUAUGGAUUUCCAGUUUUUCCAGCACCAUUUGUUGAAGAGGCAAUCUUUUCUCCAGUGUUUAUGGCACCUUUGUCUACUAUGAGAUAACUAUAUUUAUGUGGAUUUGUCUCUGUGUGUUCUCGUCAGUACCAUUGGUCUUCGUGUCUGUUUUGGUUGCCAAUACCAUGCUGUUUUUGUUACUAUAGCUCUGUAGUAUAAUUUAAGAUCUGGUAUUAUGAUGUUUCCUGUGUUUCUUGUUGAAGAUUGCUUUGGCUGUUCUUGGCCUCUUAUUUUCCCCAAUGAAUUUCAUGACUACUUUUUCUGUUUCUAUGAAGAAUACUAUUGGAAUUAAUAGGAAUUGCAUUAAAUCUGUAUAGUGCUUAUGGACAUUUUGACAAUAUUAAUUCUGCCUAUCCAAGAACAUGGGAAAUCUCUCUAUCUUCUAAGGUCUUCUUAGUUUUUCUUUAGUGUUCUGUAGUUUUCAUGUAGAGAUCUUUCAGCUCUUUUGUUAAAUUGAUUUCCAAAUAUUUUUUUUCCCUGAGCAUUGUGAAUGGGAUAGUUGUCCUAGUUUCUCUUUGAGUUGAUUCAUCACUGAUGUAUAGGAAUGCAGUUGAUUUCUGCAUGUUAAUUUUAUCUCCUGCUACUUUGCUAAAUUCAUUUAUGAGUUCUAGAAGUUUUCUGGUGGAGUUUUUUUGGUCUUCUAAGUGUAGAAUCCUGUCAGCAAAUAGGGAUAGUUUUGAGUUCUUUUCCUAUUCAUAUAUAUCCCUUUUAAUUUCAUUCUUUUGUCUAAUUGCUCUGGCUAGAGUUUCCAGGACUAUGUUGAAUAGAAAUGGUGAAAGAGAACAUCCCUGUUUUGUUCCAGUUUUUAGAGGAAAUGCUUUCAAUUUUUCUCCAUUUAGAAUGACAUUGGCUUUGGGUUUUGCAUGUAUAGCUUUUACAAUGUUGAAUUAUGUACCCAUUUUCCCUAGUUUUUCUAGUGUUUUGAACAUGAAUGAAUGCUGUAUUUUGUCAAAUGCUUUUUCUGCAUUUAUGGAGAUAAUCAUGUGAUUUUUGUCUUUGAGUCUAUUGAUGUGAUGAAUUGUGUUUAUUGAUUUCUGUAUGUUGAACCAACCUUGCAUCCCUGGGAUAAGCCCCACUUGAUCAAAACCAAAGUUUUGAUUUGAGAUUUCAAACUUGGUCUUUGACCUAUAUGAUUCUUUCUUUAAUUUAAUUUGCAAGUGCAGAUAUGCUUUUUAAAGAUAAUGAAUAGUUGGGAUAGUUGCCCUCUUUUGUCUUUUAUUUACAGGUUUUUUCUUUUUUUCCUGUCGUGGGUUCAUAGAUCUCUUAAAUUAACACCCAAAUGGAGUAUUCAUUAUGAGUGGAUAUAUAUAUAUAUAUGUUCAUAUGUUGUAGCAUCUCUUCUCUGAGAAGCUGAAAACUUCGCCCUGAAUUUUAAAACUACGUUUUUACAGAGAAACCUUGCUGGUAGAGAAAGCAGGACUUUGUUUUACUUCUAAUCCUCGUUGAUUCACUGUGUACCGCACUUGUCCAAUUGAAAAACGGGAAAACAACAAGUAAGCCUUUAACUGUCAGAAGGAGAAAGAAGCUGCCUUUGAUUUGCUGUGGGAUCCAUUACUUUAUGCUAUGUUAAAAAUUUCACAAUAAUAAAUGGGAAGGAAAGAAAAGCAGGAAAGUUGGUGAUACAGAAUAUGGUGAUUCUCCACUAAGUAUUAUGUUUAUUAACAUGGGAUUGCUUUCCAUCUCCUAAGGUCUUCUUUAAUUUCUUUGUUGUUCUAUAGUUUUCAUUGAAGAGGUCUUUCACCUCUUUUGUUAGAUUGAUUCCCAAAUAUUUUAUCUUUUUCAAGGCUAUUGUGAAUAGGAUAGUUUUACUAAUUUCUCUUUCAGAUUAUUCAUUGCUGAUGUAUAGGAAUGCAGUUGAUUUGAGUUAAUUAUGUGGGUUUACUUUGAGAAGGUCUGCUAUGUAAUAAAUGGAAUGUAUAACAAGGCUUUCAAAUAUUUAUUUAUGGUUUUUCUGUUAAAAACUAUAUGACAGAGAUAAUGGUUAUGCUUGUUCUAGAAUUCUCUGGUCCAUGCCUCUGGCAUUGAGAACAAUGAAUUUACUAACUCCUUUGAGAAUUUCUAGUGUGCACGUGAACUUAGACUUCUAUUCAUGUACUGAGAUGUCAGAGGUGUGUGUGUGAGGAGGAGGACAAGUAAUUUAUAGGAUGUUUUUUAGACACCAUAUCUUUUAUGCAAAUCUGGGAGCUUGGAGUUAGCAAGAUAGAUUUUUAUUUUUACCCAUAUUUUAUUUUCUGCUUCAAAUAUGAGGUUUUUGAGAAAUUGGAAAAAAGUAUUAAGGCUUUCGACAGUGCAGGAUAUUUUGGUUUCUACUUAAAAACUUGCACAUGGCAUCUGUGAUCCCCUGUAUGAAUUUAUAGCAGAGCACUUUAAUUCUCCUGUCAUGGCUUUUGUGAGACAGUGUUUUUACUGUGCUUAGUGAUUUACAGAUUAUUCAAAUUUUGUUUUGUUUAUAGCUAGUUAAUGCUUUGCAAAAUAAUACAUUUUGGACUGAAAUCACAUGUGCUGAAAUCACUUUGAAUUCAUCUUUUCAAGAAGAUAGAGCCUUUCCUUUCAUUGCUUCUUAUUAACUGCUCUCGAGCCUCCAUGGAUAGCUAGGCAAAGCAUUUAUUUCUCAGAAGUUGAACUGUGUUCGUGUUUGAGCUUUCAGAAAGCAAAAAUGCAAUAAGCUCUUGAUGAUGAAACCUGUUGGAUUUCUGGUGGAAGCAGUUGGAGUCUUUGGCUUGUUAACUAGCAAUGAUUCAAGUCUUGCAGAUUGUAAAGGAGCUGGUGACACCAUCAAGGCAAAAAGCAGCGACAGUGAAGGAAGAUUCGGAGCAGGAUGUAGCACUGAAACUUGCCCAGGAACGAGCUGAAAUAGUUGCUAAAUAUGACCGAGGACGAGAAGGUGCAGAUAUUGAACCUUGGGAAGAUGCUGAUUACCUUGUUUACAAAGUCACGGAUAGAUUUGGCUUUUUACAUGAGGAGGAGCUCCCAUUUCAUAAUGCAGCUGUGGAACGGCAAAAGAACCUGGAAAUUGAAAGAACUACCAAAUGGCUGAAAAUGCUAAAAGGAUGGGAAAAAUACAAGAACACUGAAAAGUUUCAUAGGAGAAUUUACAAAGGAAUCCCACUCCAGCUCCGAGGUGAAGUCUGGGCUCUACUUCUGGAGAUCCCUAAAAUGAAAGAAGAAACAAAAGACCUUUAUAGUAAAUUAAAACACAGAGCACGGGGUUGUUCACCUGAUAUCAGACAAAUAGACCUUGAUGUCAACCGUACAUUCAGGGACCAUAUUAUGUUUAGAGACAGAUAUGGUGUUAAGCAACAAUCCUUAUUUCAUGUUCUUGCUGCAUAUUCUAUCUAUAAUACGGAAGUUGGGUACUGUCAGGGGAUGAGCCAGAUCACAGCUCUACUCCUCAUGUACAUGAACGAGGAAGAUGCCUUCUGGGCCCUGGUCAAACUCUUCUCGGGCCCCAAACAUGCCAUGCAUGGCUUUUUUGUCCAAGGUUUCCCUAAACUCUUGAGGUUUCAAGAACAUCAUGAAAAAAUACUGAAUAAAUUUCUGUCCAAGCUUAAGCAACAUUUGGAUACUCAAGAAAUCUACACGAGUUUUUACACAAUGAAAUGGUUUUUUCAGUGUUUCCUUGAUCGUACUCCCUUUACUCUAAACCUCAGAAUAUGGGAUAUUUACAUCUUUGAAGGAGAACGAGUUCUUACUGCCAUGUCCUACACAAUCUUAAAAUUACACAAAAAACAUCUAAUGAAAUUGUCUAUGGAAGAACUUGUAGAAUUUCUUCAGGAGACUCUAGCAAAGGAUUUUUUCUUUGAAGAUGAUUUUGUAAUAGACCAACUUCAGAUUUCUAUGGCAGAACUAAAGCGGGCGAAAUUAGACCUCCCAGAACCUGGUAAAGAGGAUGAAUAUCCAAAGAAACCUUUGGGGCAUCUUCCACCUGAAUGUCACUCCACUGGCAUUAAUCACCUGAGCAAUGGACAAAGAAGUGUUGGCAGGCCCAGUCCCCAUAUAAGCAGCAGAAGAGAAAGUGGAUCAUCGCCUUCCAAAAAGCAUGAGCACUCAUCCCACCAUCAGAGUAGAACUGGUACUCCAGAAAGAGUCAGGCAGCUCCGGCAGAAGUCCGUGGAUGAGGAUAGUAAAAAUCUUAAUGAGGCAGCUUUUCAAAGAAAACUUGCAUCAGGUCCACAAGACAAUUCUGAGCAGUAUAACCAUGCAGCUGCUAACCAAAAUAGCAAUGCUACUUCAAAUAUCAGAAAGGAAUUUAUGCCCAAAUGGAAUAAACCCUCAGAUACUUCAGCUAUUGAAAGGACUGCCAAAUAUGCCAUUGAAGGUAGAUCGGUGCACCCUACACUUGCAGUCACCAUCCCAAAUUCUACUGAUCCUCGGAUAUCAAACACAAGGCAAAAGAUGAAGGUUUUGGAUGCUGAUGAUGGGAAGCGAGGCUCCAAUGCAUCCCAGUAUGAUAACGUACCUGGUGGUGAGAAUGAAAAUGGGACUUCUGCUGAAGAAGCACUAGAAAGGGCUUACUCUCAUAGUCCAAGGAACAUUGUUUACUCUAACAGUCCACGAAAGCAUGUUGAGCCAGGUUCUAGUCCAUCAAAAGUAUCCAACAAGUUUACUUUUAAAGUACAGCCUCCAGGCUAUACAAGACAUCAAUCCCAGGUAGAAGGGGAAGAUCGAGGGACUGUGCACCCACCUUCCUACAGCAACCCCCCUAUUUACCAUGGAAAUUCUCCAAGACACAUCUUCACUGCUAACAGCAGCUUUGUACCUCCACAGAUCAGCCCUGGGACUCAAAUUCAUCCUUCCCGAAGACCUUUCGGUUCUACUCUGUCAGUUGAUAUUUCUCCAGAGAAAUCUUACAGCCGCCCAACACCUCUUGUUCUACCAUCCAAUCGAAUAGAAGUCCUUCCUGUUGAUAUUGGUGCUGGGGGAUACUCAGGCAAUUCAGGGUCACCAAAGAAUGGAAAAUUCAUCAUUCCUCCAGUGGAUUAUUUGCCAGAUAACAGAAAAUGGUCAGAAAUUAGUUAUUCAUACAGACCUGAGAUGCAUGGACAAUCAUGGACCCGAGAUGCUAACCGUAGCCACUUAAGCAAUUUACCAAAAUAUUCAGCCUUUCAACACGUACCUUUUCAGGACCAUAAUCUCCCAGCAGUUUCAGUAGAUAGUCCAGUGCGGUAUAAAACUUCACCAGCUGUAGAAGAUGCCAGUUCAGCUGGGUAUCAGUAUGCAGGGCCUUCACCUCCAGCAUAUCACUACAGAAAGCGGGAGGGGCUUUCUGUUCAAGAAUCAGUAUUGCUGUGAGAAUAUAUGUAUACUUGGCAAAAGACGAGAAUAGAAACCAUAUGAAACCUGCAUUGCUAUGUUUGUAAUUGCCAAAGCAGUAUUUUAUACUCUUGGAAACAACUCGCAGAAUUCUGAUGUAUAUUAGUAAUAAUAAUAUGUAGAAGUUUUCAUCCCACAUGUAGAUGCUGCUUAAGAUGAGCAUUUUAAAUUGCAUCAUCACUGAACCUGUUAAAGAAUUUAACCUGGAAACAUAGCAAUAGCAUUUAGGGGUACACACACAAUAAUAAUCCUUUACUCAGUUUCAUUUAUAUCUUUCUCUAAAAACUGACAUUUUAUUCUUUUGGCCCAUUCUGUUUUAGCUAAUGUUAACAAACCACUGAGGAAACCCUAGAACAGAUGUUUUUUAAGGCUACAUAUAAUAUGUCUUUUAAUAGAUAUUAUAGGCACCUAUACAUAACACAUUUGAAUACAGACCUGAAGAAAAAAAAAAACUUUUUUUAAAAACGACUUUUAAUCUAGAUCCAUGGAAUAAUAUUAUAUUUUUCUUUUUCUUGUCUUUUAGUCUAGUUCUACCCCCCCCCCCCACCCCCCAUGUUUUUAACCUGGGACCUAAACUGACUAAAAUUAGAGUUUUCCCUGACUUUGUUAAUAUAGUGUCUCACAGAAUGCUCAUUGUUAUCCUUCAAUGGCUGCCAUUUUCUUUCAAUCUGAAAAUUAAAGACAUGGGAGAGAAAGGCUGACCACAUACUGGUGCUUAAAAGUUGGAGCAGGUAGGUAAGUUUAUGGCCAAAGGCACAACUCUCCUUGUAUCCAUUCCCCCAGAUGAUUCUUAAGUGCUUUUUUGCACCUGGCUCUGCUCUUUCUUUUGGAAUGCUCAGAGCAUGCUGUUCCUUGCCAGAUACCAGGAAUGCUGCAGGAGAAGUUGCAACUUAGUGACCAUGCAGCACUGGAGGAACAAGGUGAAAGGCCUUUGAAGUUCAUUUGAAAGAAGUAUUAAUGGUCUGGUUACUUCUCAAUUCUGCUUCUUAAAUUCUUGCAGGGCCUCACCUUGAAGAGCCCAAGGCAGUUGUUUACAUGAUCAUUUUCUGACAUUUUCUUUAAAGAAUGUAAUCAAUGGAUAUUGCUGCAGUUAUCAGGCCAUUAUGUUAUUCAUAUUAAAAUUGUAAAAAAGAUGAUUCUAACUAUUAAUAGGCAUCUCAGAUCUUGAUCUUUUUAAAAAAUAUAGUGUGACUUUCAAACUUUCAAAACUAUUUUUUCUUUUUCUGUGAAAAAAAUUCAGGUUCAUGGUUUAAAACAAUCAGUGAUAUCUUUAAAAAUAUUCUAUUACACUACAAUUACCGAAACACAAAAUUUUGGGCACUCCAAGAAAAUAGAACUUUGUUUUUAAUUGGAGUAUUUGUUUUCAACAUUAUUGUGCUCAUAUUAGAAAACAAAAAGUUAGAAAAUCUAACAUAGAUGGCUCUUCCUGUUGCAAGUUGGGGCUUUAAGCUUUUGAGGUACAAAAGUGUGUCUUAAAAUGCAAAUAACAUUUGUUUAGCUAGUGAAUGUGACAAUAUUUUUAUGUAUAUAAUGAGUCUAAUGUAAUUUUAAUCAACCUGGUAAUGAUGUUUUUAAAUGGCAAAACAAAUGCAGUGUAUAAAAGCUGAACACUACACUGGAGCUCAAACUCCUGACAAAAUAACAGGUUCUUGAUUUAGAUCAUGUGGAAGCUGAGAAAUAAAUGUGUAUAAAAAUGUGCUGAGGAUAGUAAUUCAAAUUUUUAAACUAUGAUUCUGUGACUUAUAAUGAACCAAGCUGUACAAUUUAGUUUAUGAGAGCACCCAAGCUGCUCAUAUAUAUAUAUAUAAUCAACAGUGGUAAAUACUGUAGAGUUUAUAUAUAUAUGCAAAAAUAUAUAUAUGCGCACACACACACUAUUUUCUUAUGUCAUCUAUGACAUUUUUUAUCUGUAUACUUUUUUGAUGUGAUUGUUUUUAACAUGCUAAAAGUAAUAAGUAUUUUUUGUUUUGUGUCUUCUAUGUGCAUUUUUUUAAUAUGGCAAAAGUGCUGCAUUCCUGAUGCUUCUAAGGCUACUUUUCUAAUUGAGAGAUGUUGCCCAGUGUUCACCACAUUAAUUGUGUAUGUUACAAUUCUGUGUUUUAUGUUUUAUUAAUUUCCAGUAAGACUGUAUUUAGAAUGACAUCAUCUUUCCCUUAUUUAAUGACAUUACAAUAUUAUUUCUAGUCUUCCCUCUUACCAAAUGUAGCUAUGUUCAUUUUUUAAGCAGAAUUUAAUUUGAAAUUAUUUUGCCACUAUACAGUUUUACUCUUUCAAAUUUAUUUUUUAAUAAAAGUUAAUGAAAUGAUGAUAAAAGAUGAAAAAAUAUUGGCAAAGAGGGUCAAAAUUGGUUUUUGUCUGUAAUAGUAUGCACAUGGUGUAUUUUGCCGUUGAUUAUUCUCUUUAUGACAGUUGUGCCCAAAAUAAUAAGAAUUUUGGUAUUGUUUUUAUUUUUAUUUAUUAUUUAUGUGUGUAUUAUAUUUAGUUUGAGAAGUUAAAGAAACUAUAUUCAGGACCUCAAAGGGUUUUAAAAAUUGAAUUCCUUUUUUUUUAAUAGAAUUAUUUAAAAAUGGAAAGCUUCUUAAUGCAGAUAUUGAAAAUUUUUGAAAGCAUGCAAAGAGUUUCCUUCAGUCCAAAGGACAUUUUUGGAAAAAAAGAUGUAAUUAUUUAACAUUCCAUUUUAAUUUUGAGGAGAUUCUAACACUAAAUUGUGUCUACUCAGUGUAACUUUAAGGUAGACUUGCAUAGUUGUAAUGGCUUCAAAUUUCUUGGAUCCUUUUAUAAUGUAAGCACAAAAACUGUACCUAGUCAGUAGUUUGUUGAGAUCUGUUUUCCUUUCACUUUCAUGAUGAGAGAAAAACAUGCCAUGUCUACAAAUACAGAUUUAUUCAUAGAGGACCUCCAGCUUCCUCAUCUGAAAUCAGAUUAUUAUUCUGAGUUACCUUUUAGAAACACGCUUUUAUUUUAGUAUGCAUUUGAUGGUGUGACGCAUCUUAAUAUUAUUAAUUAAUGAUUAUGGUUUGAGGAUUUGGGUUUUUUUGUUUGUUUGUUUUGCUUUAAAUUGUCCUUUAGUAGAUUUUAAAUGUCUGUAAAUAAGGAUAGUAAUGCUUAUUGGCCAAAUAGAAGGGGUCAAACUUUACUUAUUGGUUGGUUGGUUGGUUGGUUGGUUUUUGCCACUGAUCCACAUUCCCACAUUCCCAGGGCUUUUCUUUUUUCUUUUGAGACAGGGUCUUGCUAAGUUGCUGAGGCUGGCCUCGAAUUUGUGAUCCUCAAUCCUCAGCCCCAAGUCACUGGGAUUAUAGAUGUGCGCCCCUGCACCCAGCCAAACUUUACUUUUAAGAUGACCCAAGUUUUUGAGAAUAGGAGAAAGGAAUCUCUGUAACAUCUAUUGAUACAUUUUAGUUUCAAAAGAACUUUUACUUAUCCAUAAAUCUAACUGCCAUCAUCUUAUAGAUGAGGCAACUGAGAAAGGAAUAAUUUCAGAUUUCUAAACAGUGGAUUUUGACACUUGCUUCUCUUUAGAAUUAUCUGGUAAACUUUAAAAUUUCUUUUCUGCUGGGAUCCCAUCCCAGACCACUAAAAUCACACUAUCUGGAUGGAAUCCAGGCAUCUGAUAAUACUUUUUCCCCCCUAAAACUUUAAAGUUUAAUCAUUAAGCUCUCUUUAAAAAUCUCUCCAAAGAUUCUCACUGUGAGCUCAAAAAUUAGUAACAGAUUAACAGUUUGACUUUAGAAAUUCUGACAUCAGGAAAGUUAGGAAAAACUCCACCGGAAAGAUUAAGAUUGCCAGCCAUCUUUGUAAAUUCUGAUGAACUGGUUAUAGUGUGGAUCACUUCAUACGAAAGGCAGUAUGACCUUGUAACACUCUCAUUUGCUAUUUCUAACAGUCCUUCAAAACAGAGAGAGCUUUUUAAGAUUUCCAUUUUCCUAAACAACCUCUGGCUCCCCCUUUCCUUAAAUGACAUGUUUUUAAAAGCUCAGCUAUUUGGAAGCCUGAGCGCUGAGAAAACACUGACUAGUUAGCCCUUCAUUGGAGCAGUCAACAUUUUAUUGAGCAUCUUCAAAAGUACCAGGGAACUGUGCUGUGUUCACUCUUCAAGAUUUGAGACAGGUUUGUAAUAUUUGUGUCUUGAUUCAGUGUGGAGAUGUCCACAGGCUUUGUGUGGACACAAAAGGCCAAGAAUGACCCCUGCUCAAAAAGCUUAGGAAGCCCUUGUGAGGGAGUUGCCUCAGAGCCUGAAAGGAUUAGGAUAGUAGACGGGAGGCAGUGAGAAAGGGGAAAUGCUGCAGAGGGAUGAAGGCAAGAGGAGCUGCAUGAGCUGCAGGGUAUGUGUGUGAGGUUUUGCCCCUUGGAUGUGUUUGUGGGGUGAAGUGGCAAAGGAUGGAGAAGUCCCACAAAGAGACCAGAUGUGGAGGCCCUCGUAUGCUACUGAACCUGAUCCUGGCGGGGUUUGCCAUGCUUGUGUUUCCAUUUCCUCUGGUCCUUGAGGCUGUGGAGGCUGGGCAGAUGUGAGGGAAUGAGUCUGGAGCUAGUUAGGAAGACAGGAGGAGUCCUUUAUCUCCAUGUGCUACAGAGCUUAAGGCCAGGGAAGAAGCUGCGAAGAAACAGUGAUUAAUUUGAAAACUGAUUACUAAAUGAAAUUGGCAAGACUUGACAAUGGAAUGAAAGCAAUACUAAUAAUCCUAGUAAGAAAAAUAGUAUUGAAUGCAUAUUAUGUAUCUGACGAUGUGCUAAGCAUUUAAUGUGUAUCAGUUUGUUUAAUUCUCAAAAUAACUAUGUUGUGUGUACUACUAUAAUUCCCAGUUCACAGAUGAGAAAACUAAGCACAAAGUUUAGGUAACUUUCCCCUAGUGACACAGCUGGUAAGAAUAGAGCCAGGACUUGAAUCCCCAGCCUGUUUCCCUCCCUACCCCUGAACUGAUUUAAGGAGGCAUAACUUGCCUAUCAUAAAAUUCACCCAUUUCACUUUUAGAAGAUUUUUUAGUAAUUGUAUCAUUAUCACAACUAAUUUUAGAAAAUUGUCAUCACCUCAAAAAGAUCUAUUGUGCCUAUUUUCAAUUCAGGCCUGUUCUCAUGCUCAGUGCUCAGGCAACUACUGAUCACUUUCAGUCCUGAUUUGCCUUUUCUGGAUACUGUCUUGAAGUGGAAUCAGACAAUAGGGGUAUUUUGCCUCUGGUUUCUUUUACUUAGCAAUGUCUUUGAGGUUCAUUCUUGUAUCAUGUAUCAAUAAUUUGCUUUUUAUUGCUGCAUAGUAUUCCAUUGUGUAGCACUGUCACCUUGUGCUUAUUCAUUAGUUGAUAGACAUUUGGAUUAUUUUCACAUGUUGCUGUGACCAUUUGUGUACACAUUUUUAUAUGGACAUAUGUUUUAACUUUUUUUGAGAAACUUCCAGACUGUUUUCCAAAGCAGUUGUGCCAUCUUGCAUUUCUACCCACAAUGGAGGAGGGUUCUGAUUUCUUGUCAACACUUGUGAUUAUCUGAGUUUUUAAUUAUAGCCAUCCUAGUGAAUGUGAAGUGAUAUCUCAUGGCUUUGAUGUGCAUUUCUCUGAUAGCUAAUGAUGUUAAGCAUCUUUUUAUGUGCUUUUGGGCCAAUUGUAUAUCUUCCCGGUAAAAUGUCUGUUUAAAUAUUUUGCUUUCUUUUUAAUUGAAUUUUCUUAUUAUUGAAUAAUAAGAGUUCUUAAUAUAUUUCUGGAUAUAAGUUCUUAAUAGAUGUGAUUUGCAAAUAUUUUCUCCCAGCCUGUGAUUUGUCUUCCAUUUCUUACUAAUGUCUUUAGAAAUGAAUGUGUUUUUAAUUUUAAAGAAAUCACGUUUAUUAGUUUCCUUGUAUGAAUUGUGCUCUUAGUGCUGUAUAUCUCUGCUUACCUUAAGGCCAUAAAGAUUUUUCUCCUGAUGUAUUCUGGAAGUUUCACAGUUUGGACUCUUAAAUUUAGGCUUCUAAGCCAUUUUGAAUUAGUUUUUUUUUAGUGCAGGGUAAGAGAUUAAUUCCAGGGGAUGGCCAGUGAUCUCAGCACAUACGUUAAAAAGAAAGACUGAGCCUUGCCCCAUUGCACCUCUGUUAGAAGUUAAUUGAACAUAUAUGUAAGAAUUUUUAAGCUCUGAAUCACGAAGUGUACAUACAUGCUCCCCUUUUGUGUGUUUUCAUGUGUGCAGGGAUGGAGAAGUUAGCUGUUCUUACUAGGCUAUUCUGAGUCCUUUGUAUUUCUGUAUAAAUUUGAAGAUCUGCUUAUCAGUUUCUGCAGAAAAAGCUGCUGAAGUUUUGGUAGGGAUUAUUUUGUAUCUAUAUAUAAAUUUAGAAAGAUGGUCAUCUUAACAAUAUUGAGUCUUCCAAUAUAUAAUCAUAGAUUCUGUCUCUCCAUUUAUUUUGAGCUUUUAAAAUUUCUCUCACAGGGUUUUGUGAGUUCAGUAUACGUCUUGCACAACUUCUGCUAAAACAGUUCCCAUUCUCUCGUGAAUGGCUUUGCUCUGAAACAGCAUGCUCUGCUGUUAGGAGAGAGGAAGAUUGGUUUUUGUAGUUCACGGGUUGAGUGAAAAUGGGGGAAGGGUGGCCACCAUCUGGUGAAAACAGUUGAGGAGAAAGAGCGGUUUAGGUUUAGUGCAAAAGCUACUUCUGUUCUGACGUAUAGAAUUUGUAAAUUGGAGAUUGACGGAUGGCGUUGUCUGACAGGCAGUUGGCUAUUCUAGAGAGAGAUUUGGGACUCACCAGCAUGAAGGAAGUAGAGUCAGGAGAGUAUUCACACUGGAAGAAGGCCAGCAGGCAAAGGGUGGGGAGAGCCUAGGAUGUUGACCCAAACUGCACUAUGACUAUUAAGUUACCAAGCAGGGAUAAUACUGCGUAGCAGGGUUAUCGUUGAAAAAGCUGCGGUGUUCCUGUGCAUUUGUUCAUUUGGCAGAGCAGGGUGCAGGUCAUCAGAUCUUCACAGUAGGCUGUGUUUGCCACUCCAGCUGUGUGACCUCUGGUGGGUCCCUUACCGGGUCUUACUUUCCUCAGCUAUAAUGCAUAGUCAUUUAAGAGGUGCCACAGGAGAGGGGACAGUCAUGGACUGAUUCACAACAUAGUGAUGGACUGAUUCCAUAACAUAAAGUUAUUAGAGUCAGACUGACUUGGGUUUGGACUUUCCACUUGUGGCCGAUCACUAUUCUACAUCCUGUUGAAAUCAAGUGAUAAGAUGUGUCCUUGUCCCUAUGGAGCCUACAUUCUGACCCACUUCCUCAUCUAUAGAAUGAAGGGUGUAGUUUUUAUUUCAUAGUUACAAGGAUUGAGUUAAUUUGUAUAAAGUGCUUGGCAUAGUGUCACCACACACCAAAAAUCUGUGAUAUUAUCUCAAUCUCAUGCCACCAUGGUGCUAGGUUUUAGUGACUGAGGAGGAAUCUGAUCUUGUUUUCAUUCAUGGGGCUGAGAGUCCCCUAAGGAGCACAGGGAUAAAAGCAGUAAACUAAGAUAUCAUCGUGAAAAGGAAAGCGUAGUUGGCAUGAUUUGAAAAGAUGGUGCUGUGGCUGGAGGAGCGAGUUCUUCAGUAAGGAGGAAAUGAUGGGCAGUGUAAGAUGCAGCAGAAAGGCCAGUGAUGUGGGACUGACACCUAGGAAUAUUUGCCAUCAUGGCGUCAUUCUUAGAGCCACAGUCAGAUUGCAGUGGUUGCAGGCACAGAAGCUCUGGAUGAGGUGAGAUGGACAGUCACCCAAGAGUAGCUGGAGUGAAGGAUGAGUAAGUUAGGACAGGGAGAAAGGGUGUGUUUUUAUGGAAAACAGAAUGCUAAUUAGAAACCAAUUUGACUUCAGAAUUCUUAAGUACCUCUACAAGUCAUCCUUUGGUUUUAUUCCAGUUUGUGACUUCAUGUGUUCCUAAAUAUUAAAACACCAAUUAUUGAA